UUGAGAGAUACACGUGAAAAAUCACUGGUCGUAUCUGAGGUAUGGAAGAAGGUUGUCAAUCUUAGCGUCUCUACAACAUCCUGAAAAAAAAUGCGCUCCAAAUUUUGUUGGGGAUUAACCUGUCUGGUUUUUGUCGCUUUCCACAUCGAUUACGUGUCCAGUUUAUCUUGCUACGUAUGCAGCACCAAAAAUUCGGAAGAAAAAGAUUGCCUUGAGAUCCCUGAAGGUAGUACCAAGUAUCUACAAAACUGUACCGCUCCAAAAAAUCUAACCUGUAGGAUACAGCAACAAUGGAUCGAUUUUGAAAUUUCGGAUGAUGGCCGAGAUAGGCAUAUCAUUCGACAAUGCGCAUCUACAGAAUAUGAUCCUUAUAAUCCUUGUUACUAUAGAACGGGUUAUUUAGGAAGAAUGAAUGUGUGCUCAUGCACAGAAGAUGCUUGCAACGAAGGAACUCGAUGUGCACCCACGAUAUUUUCAAUCAUUUUUCUAGUCUUUCUUUUAUCGUAUUUGCUGUAGUGAAAGAAGAGAACUUAACGAAAUUAUUAAGAAUAAGAAGUCAUACUCAGUUAUUGCGAUGUAUAUAUAAAAAGAAAAGAAAAUGUACGAAUGCUCAAAAAUUGUUUUGAAAUAUGCCAAUUUGCUAGAUUGAAUUUACGUCAUGAGUGUGACAGAAUUUUAGUUAAGCAAGAUUUCACUUUCUACUCAUCAAAAGUUGAAGUAGUUGAAUUUUCUUUAGCUUUCUUCUGUUUUGGAAUUCAGAGCAGUAUUUAAUUUGGAAGGGAAGGAUUGAUUUAUUAACAACCGAUUAUGAGAAUUUUUAACUUGAAGAAAAUUUUUGUGACUUCUAAGAAUGUACCUCAUGUUAUUAAUUUAUAUUUAUUAUUUAUUUUUAAGCUGUAUUAGUUUUUAUUUCGUUUGAUUUUUAUCCUUCAUUUCGUUUUAAUCUUUGAGUAUUAAAUAAAAUAACAAGAAAAAAUGGUGAUAAAUAAUAAUAAACUAUUUUUUUGUUUUUUGCAUUUAUUCUGAAUAUCAAAUAGCAACGUACCUUUAAAUUUUUUGAACAAAUCAAAUUUUUUAAGAAAAAAAAAUAUAUGUAAA